AUGGCCCAAUUUAUUUCAGUUGACAAAGAAACAAGGGACUUAAUAUGUAUUGGAAACACAUCAAAACACAACAUGAAAGUUCAACUGAGCGUGAUGAAUGGGUGUAAUUACUAUACAAUAAGAAGUGUUCCAUCGCUUGUUACACUCCACAAAGGUGAGGCUUGUGAGUUUGAGAUCUUUAUCACACCGUUAUGUUCAUGUCAGAUCAAUGAUAAAGUAGCCGACAUAGCACUUGAUAUUACAAGCGGACAACAAACCACAACAAGUGUAACUGUUAAUGUAACCACAGAAAAAUCAACAAAACUAAAUUACAGAAAACUUGAAGAAUCGAGUCAAAUUGGGGAAGGUUCCUUUGGUGUUGUGUAUAAAGGCAUAUUCAGAGGUAAUACAGUGGCUAUCAAGAAGAUGAAAAUAAGUGGUGAACAAGAUGAUGAUUUAAUGAUGGAAUUUAAAAAUGAGGUGAAUAUGUUAGACAAAUUCAGAAGUGAGUAUAUUGUACACUUUUAUGGCGCCGUGUUCAUACCAACCAAGCUUUGUAUGGUCACUGAAUUUGCUCAGUAUGGAUCGUUACAAGACUUGAUUAAACAUAAAAAUAGUAAUGACGUUGAUAUUAAAUUCCGUGUAAAAAUAUUGUUAGAUGCAUCACAUGGUAUCAAGUAUUUACACGAAAAUGGCAUUUUACACAGAGACAUUAAACCAGACAACAUAUUAGUCGUUUCAUUGAAUGUUGAUGACAAGGUGAAUGCCAAAUUGACUGAUUUUGGAAGUGCAAGAAAUGUUAAUUUGUUGAUGACUAACAUGACAUUUACAAAAGGUAUUGGUACUCCAGUCUAUAUGGCGCCUGAAAUACUUAAAAAAGACAAAUAUAAGUAA